UAGUGCUGCACUGACCUACUGUUCUUUUCUAACAUCUCUCAGUAGGCACUCUUUAGCACCAAGGAAGCGUUAUCCUCAUACAAUUUUCAAUCAUUUCCUUUGGUACAUGAUGGCAAGUGGGUUAUUCUUAUUUUGUGUUACGGCGGCUAUCUCCUACGUUUCCGCAUCUCCCCAAGUCUGCAGCAACGCCCUCAUACCUGGAGCUAAAGGAGACCAAGGUGAGAUUGGACAUGAAGGAGAUGAGGGCAGAAUGGGGAAGAAUGGACCACCAGGACAUCCAGGAGCUUCGGGAGAGGUGGGGCUUAAGGGGGACGUUGGUCACAUGGGAAAGAUGGGACCCAGUGGAGACCAAGGGGACAAAGGAGAUGCAGGAUUGGAUGGACCCUUGGGUUUGAAAGGGAAAGCAGGCACUACAUGCGACUGUGGAAGGUACAGGAGGGUGGUUGGACAGAUGGAUGUCAAUUUGGGCAAACUGAGGAACACAGUCAAGUUUGUCAAGAAUAUCAUGUUGGGCCUGACAGAAAGUGAUGAGCACUACUACUUGCUGGUGAAGGAGUCCAAAAGGUUCAAGGAGGCCUCAAUGAACUGCAAACUGAGAGGCGGUAUCCUGGCCAUGCCCAACAAUAGCAAUAGUAACCGUCUCAUCGCUGAUUAUGUCAGUCAGGCUGGACUCACGAGGGUGUACAUCGGAGUGCAGCCUAAUAACACUGACCCGCUUAUCCAUGAUGGAAGAAACAGUUCCCAAGCUGCAGAUUCCAACCCACUCAAGGACUUUAGUGCAUGGAGUCAAGAUGAGGCACUCACUUCAACCAACCACAAUGCGACCUGCGUAGAGCUGCUCAGCACAGGGACGUGGAGUCAUGUUAUGUGUGACAUGGCCAUGUUUUUCAUCUGUGAGUUUCCAAAAAGCAGGAUAAGAGGAGAAGGAGGAAGUGGAGGGACUAUCGACUCAGCAAUUUAAGUCAUUGAACAGAUUUUGAUUUCGUUUUCGGCAAGUCCGACACACUUAUUACAACUUCAUUUCAACUCAAGACUGCAACUCUCUCUCUCAUUUAUGUAUUGAUGUACACACACGCUCAGCAAUUCAACAUUCCGCAAUAGUGUUUAUGCAUUUACCGAAAUGUUUAAGAGGUUUUGCAACAACAUUUGCACGCAUCAGCAGCACAGGCACCAGCCUCUAUGGUAGACAAAAUACAAGAGAUUUCUAUUCAUUAGUCGGAAGUGUUCAAAUAUCAACAGUCCUCUGUGCUCAAGGUUAUUUUGUCUCUGUUUGAAAAUAUUUUUUUUUUGUUAGGGGGUAUAUCAAGUAUGUCCCCAGUUUGGUAUUUUCAUUUUUCUUCUUCAAAAUAGAACUCCUUCAGAGUGUGUGUGCAUUUUU